AUGAGACCUCGCAAAACGUUGCUUUUGGCUGGAGUGCUCGUUCUUUGGGUGCUAAUGACUUACAUCGCGUUCAUGCGCACCGUGCGCGUACCGGAACCGAGGCGUGCCAGCCGGAUGAUGGAGAAUGUGCAGUCGUUCGAAGAGAAUUUGAAAACAUUCUCCGACAACCGACAGAACCUGUACCGGGACAUUAUUGGCAUUUUGCGACGGCAAGAACAAAAGGAGCUCAGCGUGCUGCAGUCCGUGGCGAUAGCACCAGAAACGUCGUCGCAACCGCCGCAGGAAAGUAUACCACGGGCUGGCGAUACUGGUGAGGACACCGGUAUUAAUGAGCUGCUGGGGGCACCGGCACUUCCACCGGACACAGACACGCGACCGGAAGCUGAACGAGUUCUCAGCAAGUUCCAGCAGCGUUAUCUCAACAACGAUCCGGCUUUUCCAGUAACUCCGGUGCUGGUAUUUGCAUGUAAUCGAAUAUCCGUGAACAAGUGUUUGGACGAUCUGAUACGUUAUCGACCGAGUCCGGACCAGUUUCCGAUCAUUGUGUCCCAGGACUGCGAUGACGAGGCGACACGCAACACGAUUCUUGCGUAUAAAGACGAGGUGACGCUGAUACAGCAACCGGACCAAUCCGAUAUUCCUGUGCCGCCGAAGGAGAAAAAAUAUAAAGGUUACUACAAAAUUUCGCGCCAUUACGGUUGGGCCUUGCGGACAGUGUUCGGGCAGGGUUUCGAUUCUGUCAUCAUCGUGGAAGACGAUCUCAGUGUAGCGCCUGACUUUUACGAGUACUUUCUCGGCACCUACCCCGUGCUGAAGCGAGACCAGUCGCUGUGGUGCGUAUCGGCGUGGAAUGACAAUGGCAAAGAGGGACUCAUCGACAGCACCGCGCACGAUCUACUGUAUCGAUCGGAUUUUUUCCCCGGACUCGGCUGGAUGUUGACCAAAGAUCUAUGGGACGAGUUGGCUCCGAAGUGGCCGAAGGCCUUCUGGGACGAUUGGAUACGGCAGCCCGAGCAGCGCAAGGAGCGUGCCUGCAUUCGUCCAGAACUGCCACGCACGAGAACUUUCGGAAAAAUUGGUGUGUCCAACGGGCUCUUCUUCGAUAAGCAUUUAAAGUACAUCAAACUCAGCGAAGAGUUCGUGAGCUUCACCAAGUCCAAUCUCACCUAUUUAUCGAAGUCCGUGUACGACAACGCGUUCCUGCGAACGAUCUACCAGAGUACGGUGGUAACGUUGGACGAACUAAAGAGGGGCAUGGUAAUGACACGGGAACCUGUUCGCAUUGCGUACCACACCAAAGAGCAGUACAAAAGGGCCACCAAGAGCCUUGGGCUUAUGGAUGACUUUAAGAGCGGCGUACCGCGGACGGCUUACAGAGGCAUUGUGUCAUUCUUCUACAACGGCCAGCGCGUCUACCUAGCACCGAAUGCCAACUGGAAGGGAUACGAUCUCACCUGGAGUUAACACAGCGCUCCGCGGCCAGCGCUGCCCUAGCGGCAACACAUUGUAACUCUCCUGUUGAACAAUUUUUUCCGGAAGUAUCGCUGGUGGUAAGGCGAAUGGCGUGCUUUCGCGACUGGCGGCACUCGGAAGAAGGUACACCCGAACGGUCGGUGGGAGAGAAACUGACAAACUUUGCAUUUCAAAAGGAGAGUUCGGUGCUGUGCCAACUGUUCAUUAUGUUAUUGUUAUUCUUUUUCGUGUACAACAAAGAUUCUCAGUUUUAUUAUUCCACAGAUCAACCACAUACACUCAAUCUUACACAGACACACCACAUCCACACAUCAACUCGCCAAUGUGAAACUUACAAUCAAUAUGGGUUUCGUAACGGAACUCAAAACCACCAAACGAACCACAAUUCAUUCCUAACGUAUUGCACAUUACGGUUACAGUUAUAUAUGAAAUCGGCACAGUAUUACUAUCAAGCCAACAAAUCUUUCUUCGGGCAUCUACUGUUGCACAGCCGAAGAGAAAUGAAAAAAGAAGUUGGUUUUACAGUGCCGGUUCCGUUUUAGCUGGUUGAAGUUGAACGCUUUAUUUUAAUUAAAUUAAUUUGUAUGAGAAUUUUUUGUUCCGGCGGCACCUGUGGCUCUUGAAUAGAAACUGAAAAGCUCACCGAUAAAAAUCGGGAUGGAUACUAAAAGUUAUCAAUCCGGUCCGGUUCUUUUCAAAUUUAAAGUAGGAUUUUCUAAGCGACAAAGGACUUUGCAUCUGAUUCGUAUUUUAUUGGGUGGCUCAAAGUUCACCGGGGAUAUGUAAUUUUCCUUUCUUCGGUAACGUUAACGUUCGGUUAGCUAUGCAAUCUAACCCACAAUAGGUUUAUAAGAAAGCAUAUGAGAAACACAAACAUCCGUUCGUGACAAGGAUGUGCAGAAGCUAGUCAAUCCGUGGUAUAGGAGCUAACAGUCGCAGUGAUUUCAGAGCGGCUAAAUGUGAAGAAAAAGGUACUUGAUUUCGCAAAAUAAAAUCUUACAGAGAUUUAAAAACAAAACCCAUAACAACAAACAUAAACAAAAAAACAUACAACAAGCAAUAAGUUACUGCUCUACGUUUUGCACACGGUACGGCAAGAAAAGCAUCGGCCAGGUGUAGAGUAACUGACUUGUAAUACCACGAAAUGUUGCUCACCAAUGCGUGCAACGGAAAAUGCAUCACUUCGCGCUAGUAAUGGUUGUAAAAUAAAAAAUAAAAAUGCCAUUUUUACCAAAACUCAACUCGAAGGCCAAUCGCGACAUAAUCGUUGGAUGAUAAACGCUAAGAAAGAUAUGAGAAAAAAAUUAGCCAGAGAGAGCAGACUGUGAAAAAUUACUUGAACAUCUCGUUUUACGCUAAACGUGCUUAAAAGAGAAACUAAACCCUUUUUGGUGGGUGCGAGCGAGUUCCAAAAAGGAU